AUGGUGGAAAGAAUAAUCCAAGAAGAAGAAAAUCAAAGAAGAAGCAUGAAGAAACUCGUUCUAAUACUCAACUCAAUCCUCUUAGCCAUAGGAACAUGCGGUGGCCCCCUAGUAAUGCGUCUGUACUUCAUCCAUGGCGGCAACCGCGUCUGGCUCUCAAGCUUCCUCGAAACAUCUGCCUUCCCAAUCAUCCUCAUUCCCUUAGCCAUCUCUCACAUCUACAACCGUUACCAUUACAGUAACCCUAACGGAAACCACAGCAAUAAUAACAACAGCUUUGUCUCAAUGAAAUUACCUUUGUUUUUCGCUUCCGCCAUCAUAGGAAUCCUCACCGGUCUCGACGACUACCUCUACGCCUGCGGCAUAAAGCGUCUCCCGGUGUCGACUUCUUCUUUAAUCCAAUCCUCACACUUAGCUUUCACUGCGGUUUUCGCUUUUCUUGUUGUGAAGCAUAAGUUUACAGCGUAUUCGGUUAACUCUAUUGUGUUGUUGACGCUAGGAAGUGUGGUUUUGGCUUUGAAUUCUAAGGGUGGGGAUCGACUUGUUGGGGAGUCGACUAAGGAGUACGUGAUUGGUUUUGUGAUGAUAUUGGCUUCUGCUGCUUUGUAUGGAUUUGUUUUGCCGUUGAUGGAGUUGGUUUAUCAAAAGAGUAAACAAGUUAUUACUUAUUCUCUUGUUAUGGAGAUUCAGCUUGUUAUGUGCUUCUUUGCUACUUUGUUUUGUGUUGUUGGGAUGUUCAUAGACAAUGAUUUUAAGGUGAUUCCAAGGGAAGCAAGGGAGUUUAAGCUAGGAGAAACAAAGUACUAUGUUGUGUUAGUAUGGAGUGCUAUAAUGUGGCAGUUUUUCUUCUUAGGAGUGAUAGGAGUUAUUUUUUGCUCCUCAUCUUUAUUGUCUGGUGUUAUAAUUGCUGCGUUUCUUCCCAUAACUGAAGUUUUAGCUGUUAUUGUCUACAAGGAGAGUUUUCAAGCAGAGAAAGGGGUUGCUUUGGCGCUUUCUCUUUGGGGCUUUGUGUCUUACUUUUAUGACGAGAUUAAAGAAGCAAGAAAAAUGAAAAGUAGAGAAACGGAACUGCCUCAAAGUCAUCACUCCAACGCAUGA